CGCCUAUUAUAAUCAGUUUCCAUCGUGACCUUGGUGUCUGUUCUUAAUGCUUAUUCGUUCAUUCGUGAUUAUAUUGGUGCAAAGCGGUGCAAAGUGCAGACAGCCCAGACGGCUUAAACCUUAGCGGCAACCUCACAGAGAGAGACUCGAUGAACUUGGCUUUCCUUUUUAUAACUUAAUUCAUUAAUUGGCUCUGACAAUGUAUAUAAAAGCCCGCUCAGCUUGGUGGGCAAAUGAUUCACGAUUCCCCACGUUCAACCGAAAUCGCCGGUAUUACACAGACGCGCGAGCAGAGCUGAGUGAUUGUCGAUUAAAAUACACGGAAAGGAAACGCAUUGAAUGCGCUCUUCGCCAGCAGCGCGGGUUCACCUACUAUAUAAGGAGAAAUAUUCAAUGCCAUGAAAAUGAAAGUGUUUCGUUAAAUUCCUGCAUUCGUUCUUAGUCAAAUGGGCGCAGGCAACAGCGCAUAGUCCAUAAUAACCAACUCUCCUCCAUCAGCUCUCUCAUAACAAACAGAACAACAGCCGUUACAAAGUUUUCAAAUCUAAUUUUAUACCUGUGAAUUCGUGAUGGCCAUCAACGUGGGCGGAUUAGUUUCCAUCAUCGUCUUUUACCUGGUCAUUUUGGCCGUGGGCAUCUGGGCUGGCUGGCGACAUGGCAAGAAAAACCAGAAAGAAGCAACAGGGACGGAAAGCGUCAUGUUGGCCGGCAGAAACAUGGGUGUGUUUGUCGGAAUUAUGACGAUGACAGCUACUUGGGUCGACGGUGGAUACAUCAUGGGAUCGGCCGAAGUGGUUUUUACUAGCGGAGUCGCCUGGUGUCAGGCCCCGUUUGGCUACGCUGUAGCCCUUUUCUUGGGGGGACUGUUUUUUGCGGGACCGAUGCGCAGCGCUGGCUACCACACAAUGCUGGAUCCGUUCCAGGAAAAAUACGGCGCCAAAAUCGGUGGAAUUCUUUACCUGCCGGCCCUUUGCGGCGAAAUCUUGUGGUCGUCGGCCAUCCUGGCCUCACUCGGCUCCACUUUGAGCGUCAUUCUAGGAUUGAAUAAUACGAUCGCCGUCCUAUCCAGCGCUUCCGUCGCUAUGCUCUACACGCUCUUUGGCGGACUUUACAGCGUUGCCUAUACGGACGUCGUUCAACUCUUUUGCGUCGCGUUCGGCUUGAUUCUGUGCGUUCCGUUCGCUUGGAAUAAUCCGGCCGUCGACAUGGAAAAUCUCAGUCCCGCCGUGUGGGGCGGCACCAUCAAGACUCACGACAUUGGCAUUUACACCGAGAAUUAUCUACUACUCAUCAUGGGAGGCAUUCCCUGGCAGGUCUAUUUUCAACGAGUGCUGGCAUUCAGGACGCCAAAGCAAGCCCAGACCAUGUCGUACGUGGCUGGAUUGGGUUCUAUAAUAUUAGCAGCGCCACCGAUUUUACUAGGAGUCGUGGCUACCGCAACAGAUUGGAAUGUUGCCACCAAUGGAACUAUGAACAUUACGGUCGCAGAGGAUGGAAAAAUCAUAUUACCUCUCGUUCUGCAGUAUCUAACACCAGCUUGGGUGUCGUACAUUGGUCUUGGAGCUGUUUCGGCAGCCGCCAUGUCCUCGGCCGAUUCUUCCAUGCUGUCGUCGAGUUCCAUGUUUGCUCGUAACAUUUAUCACGCCAUCUUCUUUCCUUGGGCUUCCGAACGUCACGUUGUUCGUGUCAUAUGGGUGGCCAUUGUAGUCGUUGCUGCAUUAGCUUCUCUCGUCGCCCUAACCGUUAACUCCAUCUACGGCUUAUUCGUGUUGAGCGCCGACUUGGUGUACGUGCUCUUAUUCCCUCAACUGUUGCUGGUUAUUCACUGGAAGAAAUAUUGCAACUCAUAUGGGUCUAUUACGAGCAUGAUCACCGGAUUUGUAUUUCGGAUACUAGGUGGCGAACCUCUUUUGGGCUUACCAGUAGUCCUGGAAUAUCCUUUUUACGACGCUGAAUUGGGACAAUUAUUUCCCUUUAGGACCUUGUGCAUGAUCAUAGCACUUUUGUCUCACGUUCUUGUAUCACUGCUGGCUCACUGGAUCUUCAGGAACAAUUAUCUCUCCACAAAAUGGGACGUGCUGGGAUGUUUUGACGACGCCUCUAUUUCAUCGUCCACUCGUCAACAUUCCAGAGCUGGCGAAGAGAAGAUAGUUGAUGACUUUUCCAGUUGUCGAAUGAGCAGCAACUCAUCAGAGGAGACCAGCACGUCGGCAUCUCAAUUCGAGCUCAUCAGCAGCAGGUCUUCAACGCAGGAACACUUGCCAGCUCAAGUGCCUCGAGGAGAAGUCAAUCCUGCAUUUUCUCUUUAAAAACAAUUGACAUUCAACAAGUCAUCGUCAUUCAAACUUUUGUGUGUAGAAAAAUUAUAAUUCUUCUUCCGAAAUGAAAAAUAUCGAAAUAUAUGAAAGACAUCAUAUUAAUCUAUUAUUAAUCUAUUAUCUUCCAAGUCUCCUGGGGAUGUUAUUGUGACCAGUUUUGUGCAAUUUUUGU